AGAUCUCGCCCGGUUUCCACCCCGACGCAGCGGGCAGGGCAAGGCUGCAACAGCAGAGGAGUUGAAGGCGGUAAAAAGCGCUCAAAACGGAGCGCUGGCAGAGAAUCACCUCGAUGUGUCGUCUGCGGGCCGGCUACCGGCAGACGCGUCACAACUUCGCCCCAGUCAGCGACCGAAAUGUCUACAACGUGGUCCGCCUGAAUGCCUUCCCAGACGGCGGCAUCGCGAGGCUAAACGUGUACGGCCACGCCUGCCCGGCCUGGGAUCACGAUUUUACAGAUGAGCCGAUUGUCCAGCCCCUCUGUUAUCGACAGCUGGUGGAUCUGGUGCUCGCCAAGAACGGCGGUGUGUGCGUGAUGCACUCGAACGCCCACUACGGUCACCCGCGGAACCUGAUCGCGCCUGGACGCGGCGUCAACAUGGGCGACGGCUGGGAGACGGCGCGCCGACUCGACCGACCCGCCAUCCUGGAGGCCGACCAUCGUGGCGUGCUGCGAGUGCCCGGCGAGGAGUGGGCCAUCUUCCGGCUCGGACACCGCGGCACCAUCGUCAACAUCGAGGUCGACACGUGUCACUUUAAGGGUAACUUCCCGGACGCCGUGCGCGUGGAGGGCUGCGACGUGGAGCGCUUCACUGAGGACACGCUGGACACCUACUACAACUGGACGCCGAUCCUGCUGCCGCAGAAGCUGGAGGCAGACAAGCAGCACUACUACAGCGGUGACGAGGUGCUGCCCCACCAGCCGGUGACGUACGUGCGCGUCACCAUGUCGCCAGACGGCGGCAUCAGCCGACUGCGUCUGCACGGUCGGCGCGCCUUCGACCGGUUCCAGACCUGGACACACGGCAUCGACGCCGUCCAGCAGGCGCUCCACUAACGGGACAGCCGGCAGACAGCGGUCCCGCUGAACAGAUUUACAGUUCGGCGUCCGUCCAUAGAGGACGGGCAUAGUGCAUAGAAAGCGGGAAAUGUAGUAGUAGUGAACUGACUGAAUAUAUAAAACUUACUAGUUCUGCGUAAGAGCUCAGAGCCGUCGAAGGUAGCUUGUUUUUAUGACCUAGUUUCAAAUAGAUAUAUGUACCUAACAAUUGAAAAAUGUGUGUAACAAUAGAAUGAUGCACAACACCA